AUGGCGGUCUGAGAGUUGUGGUAACAAUGUUUUGAUGGCGUAAAUGGUAUUUUUUUCCAUUAUCAAAACAUACAUUCAUUGGAAGUCGCAUUUAUCUUAACUAAUAACAACAUUGCGACCAAGACCAUCAUGGCAUCCGCCUGUGACUCUCUGAUUGAAGACAUUGAGGACAUGGUGUCUUCUAGUGACCCCACUCCUCACGAGAGACAGUCUGCUAGAAAGAGUAUCAUACCGAGGUCCAGGAAGAAAAAAGAGCUUCUGAGCAAUGAGGAGCUCCAUGCUGACAGUUUGAUCCCUGGCACCCAAAAGAUCUGGAUGAAAACGUGGGGCUGCAGCCAUAACAACUCUGAUGGAGAGUACAUGGCUGGACAGCUAGCAGCCAGCGGAUACAAGAUGACUGAUGACCCAACAGAAGCAGACCUGUGGCUGCUCAACAGCUGCACUGUGAAAAACCCUGCAGAGGACCACUUCAGAAACUCAAUCAAAAAAGCCCAGGAACAGCAGAAAAAGGUGGUAGUAGCAGGUUGUGUUCCCCAGGCCCAGCCACGGAUGGAAUACCUCAAAGGACUCAGCAUCAUUGGGGUCCAGCAGAUUGAUCGAGUGGUGGAAGUAGUGGACGAGGCUGUUAAAGGCCACUCAGUUCGCCUAUUGGGUCAGAAGAAAGAUGGAGGCCGGAGGCUCGGGGGAGCUAGACUGGACCUGCCCAAGAUCAGGAGGAACCCUCUCAUUGAAAUCAUCUCCAUUAACACUGGGUGUCUGAAUGCAUGUACCUACUGUAAGACUAAGCAUGCCAGAGGCGACCUGGCCAGCUAUCCCAUUGAGGAGCUAGUAGAGAGAGCCAGGCAGUCAUUCCAGGAGGGAGUGUGUGAGAUCUGGUUGACCAGUGAAGACACAGGAGCUUAUGGUAGAGACAUAGGGACAGACCUUCCCACAUUGCUAUGGAGAUUGGUGGAGGAGAUUCCUGAAGGAGCCAUGCUGAGGCUGGGUAUGACCAACCCACCAUAUAUCCUGGAACACUUAGAGGAGAUGGCUAAGAUAUUGAAUCAUCCUCGUGUCUAUGCCUUCCUUCAUGUUCCUGUGCAGUCGGCCUCAGACAGUGUACUGAUGGACAUGAAGAGAGAAUAUUGCAUUGAUGACUUCAAGAGAGUGGUGGACUUCCUCAAAGAGAGGGUCCCAGGUAUAACCAUCGCAACAGAUAUAAUCUGCGGUUUUCCUGGGGAGACAGAGGAAAACUUCCAAGAGACAAUAGACUUGGUGAAAUGCUACCGAUUCCCCAGUCUCUUCAUCAACCAGUUCUACCCCAGACCUGGUACACCUGCCGCCAAGAUGGAGCAAGUACCAGCACAUGUGAAGAAGCAGAGGACUAAAGAACUUUCACAUCUCUUCCACUCUUACGACCCUUACAACCACAAGGUAGGGGAGAGGCAACAUGUGUUGGUGACAGAGGAGUCAUUUGAUGCCCAGUACUACGUGGCUCACAACAAGUUCUACGAACAGGUGCUGGUACCUAAGAGGGCAGAGUUCAAAGGGAAGAUGAUUGAGGUGGACAUCUACGAGGCAGGAAAACACUUCCUAAGAGGCCGGCCAGUAGAAGACAGUGAGCCGUUCACUCCCUCCAUUGCUCAACCACUUCAGAAAGGAGAGGUGUCUGGCCUGAUGCAGGAACAGAUUGCAAAUGGCAUCCAAGGUCCUGCUUCUACGCCCUCUUCUUCCGUUUUGUCGAUCGGCUCUUAUGGUCUAGACAGGGAAGUAGUGAAGAAGCUGGGGAUCGGGCUCACUCUGGCUGCAGCUAUCUUGGCCUUUAUCGUGGAGAAACUGUUCUGAUGGAGCAGCUGUGGGCUGGAAGAGGAUUGUGAACCCGGGAGAGGACAGUGACAUCUGAGGAGCCCGAACAGUGUGUUUGAAGUGGCAGAAUACAGAUUCAAAGCUGCUUUCUGCUUAGAUCCCCUGUAACCUGCUUUCAUUCAGUUUAAAAGAACCCAAAGAGAAAAACAGCGGACGUCAGUGACACCUACAGAGUCAAGGAUUAUUUUAUUUGGUCUGUGAGAUUUAGUCUCUUGUUUUUAGUACAGUUAGAGUUUUACUUUUAGUUAAAGCGCAUAGUUUACCACUUUACUGUUAUUUUACUCUGUUUGCUCCAAAUACAGUGAUGUCAGUGUCUUCUUUUGUCAGUGAUGAAGGAAUAGCCACAUGGGCAAUGACAGGUCAGCAGUCUUCACAGACCUUAGCAAACACUUUAUAUGCACCUGUUCGGUACAAAUUACAUCUUAGUUAUACUAGAUUUUAAUUAGAAUCUAUUUCGAGUGCAGAUUUUGUUACAUAUUUAUGUUUCAUUGAGAGAGUUGAACAUUUUCAAAGUGUAGGCUGUUUCAGGAACAUGCUUCAUGUACACUGUGUCUAUUGUUCACUGAUGACAGCAGCCUGACAUUCUCCGUAGACUGAUAAAUAAAUGAUUUGAACCAUG